AUGGCGACUUGGUUUAAGUUAUUGUUGGCUCUUUUCAUUGGUCUCGUUGCUUUUAAAUUCCGAGUGACUUCAGCUAGAUCAAACUCAUCCGAAUCUGAUGAUAAUGAUGAUCAUGAAAAGGAGGAAAACCUAACCAUUGCCUGGAUAUACAAGCCUCCCUACAUAAGAGGACCCGAUAACAGUUCCUUGGACAAUCAAGCUCAUGGAAUAGUACGAGAUGCCAUGUUAAGACACAUACAAUGGGAUUGUAGGGGAUUCUUUGGCAAUCCCCACUAUGAAAUAAAGACUCUCAAAGCUGAUAGUGAGUCUCGCAUGAUACAAUUGCUGAAGCAAAACAAAGUCCAUUUAGCAAUUCCUAUAUUUGAACAACAAGACAAUCAAAAGUACUCUGAAUUUAUCUUUUUUAAAGGAUUAUCCUGGAACGGAAUACAUAACUUUGGCCGACGAUGA